AUGGUGGCCAUCCAAGAACAAGUAUUUGCCACUGCGGGAGUAUCUGAAACAGACUUGGUACAACAACUGCAAAGUGCCGACUCCAAGAGCACCUUUGCUGUGUCCGAGCCCGUGAAAUCCAUCUUGCAAUCCCUUCGAACUGUGGCACGAGAACCUGCCGAUUACUUGUUUGCACUGCAACGCAACUGCUCCGUGAGCAGUCGAUGGGUUGAUGAUGCCAUGGAUGGUGUCAAAUAUUUUGGGAUUCACGUGGAAGGAGGCUUGCUUCUGCAGGCAUCCUUUGACAUUUUUGCCACUGGGUGGCCCGCGACCAACGACUUUGAAUCCACCUUUAUGCGAGCUUGUACCGGAAUCGAGCUAGGUGGCGGUGGAGAAAUAUCCUUGCUCUUUGGCAGUGUUCUCGGAGACGCCACCUACCAAGAUUUGCAAUGCAUGGGCUUUUUGGCAGGUGUUGAUGUACACGGCAUUGCUGGAAUAGGAUUGGAUGUGGGUACGCUCUUCAAUGACCAGGAAUUAUUUCAGAUAAUGGCUGGUGGCGGCCUUGGCUUGGGUGCCGCAUUUUCAAUAUGCGGGACGCUGAAGGUCUCUGAUAGUAUCUUGUAG